AUGCUUGACUACGAUGACAAGGAAGUAAAAGUACAAAAAACAAACAUUCAAGAAAUUGAUAAGAAUAAGAUGGCUCUUGCAAGGGCGAAGGUAAAAAAGGCAAAAGAUGCAAGGCAACAGGCUAAGCUGGAGGAAAAAAAUUGGGUGGAAUUCCGAAAACUGCAAGUGCUCUACGACUGUCGCCCGAAAUCUCGAGCUGCUUCACGGCGGGAAGACGAUUCGUUUCCUCGACGUCGCCGUGGUGUUUCUAUGGGUUUCGGCGAGCGAAAAGCUUAUUUUCUCGCAAUACGCCCAAACCCUCACUACGCGACAUGGUUUGGAAAGAAGAAAAAUUGGCAGAACAAGGACAAGCAAAAGAAAGAUAAGAAGCCACGAGAAAAAUGUAGAUCAAAGCCAAGCUCGUCUGCCACUGCGUCUCCUCAACAACAGGCGAAUGUCGUCGUUGAGGCAACAACUGCUAUCAUAGGGUCAGAAGAUGACGAUGCAGCUAUGGAGAAGAAAGGUAAUCAUGCUCUCAAUCCACUUGUGAACGGAAUCCCGUUUUGGACAGUUCCAGAGGAAGAAGAGGAACCUAAUGAAGAAGACCUCCCAAUCGACCGGGAGCUGAUUGAAAAAGUUUUGGAUGGUACUUUUAACAUUGCAUCAAACACACUGGAACGGAAACGAUUUGAUCCGUACUCGGAAACGGAGUCUUUUAAGAAGCUCGAUAAAUUUUUUACGAGGGAGCUAAUAAUCGGAGAUACAGUCAAAACGGUCAUUAAUCUGUUGGAAGAGCCGAACGAGAACAGGAAAACGGAAUCAAGUAGAAAACGUCUUGUAACGUGGGGCACUAAAGUCCUGGUGUCUAUGUUCGAUGUCAACAAUCGCAAAGUGACAGUGCCGGAAAAUCUGCAACUUGAGCCUCUAAAGGAUGUUGUACGCACUCCAACAACAAAUACAGUAACAAAAGAAAUCUAA